AUGCUUGCCGUGCCCACGGGCAUCUCAGCUCCGCCACAAAAUGCGCCCACUUCCCCCUACCAGGCAUCCUCAAGAGCCCUGCAUGCGCGCCGUCUUGGGCUGGGAGGGACUCCCGUAGCCCACGCGGGGAUCCACGCAGGGCGACUCCCCAAAGGAGCAGCGCUGCCCGGCGGGGAGCAGCGGCUCGUCGAGCUCCGGGUUAGCUCCCAGCCCCCACGUACACCGGCGGCCCCGGAGUCUCGGGUCUCCUGCUGCCGGACGGAAAAGGGCAAUGGAGAACACGCAGCCCAGCUGCAGCCCGAGGCGGCACCGGCAGCACGGAGGACUCGAGGCGAGCUUAAGAGCAAAGAUGUUGCCAGAGCGAUUGAACUACUGGAGAAACUGCAAGAAUCUGGAGAAGUACCAGGACACAAGCUACAGUCUCUUAAAAAAGUACUGCAGAGUGAGUUUUGUACAGCUAUCAGAGAGGUGUAUCAAUACAUGCAUGAAACCAUAAAUGUUAACGGCUGCCCAGAAUUCCGUGCCAGGGCUACUGCAAAGGCAACAGUCGCUGCUUUUGCAGCCAGUGAAGGCCAUUCUCACCCCCGAGUGGUAGAACUGCCAAAGACUGAUGAAGGCCUUGGCUUUAAUGUGAUGGGAGGAAAGGAACAAAAUUCUCCUAUUUAUAUUUCUCGCAUAAUUCCUGGAGGAGUAGCUGAGAGGCAUGGAGGACUGAAACGGGGAGACCAGCUGCUUUCUGUUAAUGGAGUGAGUGUAGAAGGAGAACACCAUGAAAAGGCUGUGGAGCUACUCAAGGCUGCCAAGGACAGCGUCAAACUGGUGGUGCGCUACACCCCUAAAGUAUUGGAUGAAAUGGAAGCUCGGUUUGAAAAACUGAGGACAGCACGACGCAGGCAACAGCAACAGUUGCUAAUUCAGCAGCAACAGCAAAAUGCACAGCAAAAUCAUAUGUCAUAG